UUCUCAAAGUCCCUUACACUAGGAAGGUGGGGUCUCAACGCCUGGGUUUUAGUUCAGCCCAUUACAUAUAAGUGUGUGUGUAUGCGAGAGGUAAACCACGAAGUACGCAUCUGGAUGCAUACUUCAGGAGUUAGUGUGCAGGUCUAACUUAUUAGUUGUGAAUGAACUAAUGUUGGCCUUGACAGGAACUGCUGGCUUAAGAGCAAAAGGAGCUCAUAUCCAUCAGGAAUAUUCUGAGACCUCUCCAGGAGCCUCUGGGUCAGGUGAUCACUACAUGAAACAAAGCCAUGAACGCAGGUGCCAGAGUUCUAGGGUAGUUCAGAACUGAACUUGACAGUUCAGACCUACUUUGUCUACUGACCCUUUUGGUUUCUUUUCUUUGGGAAAAGUGCUGUAUAAAUAUAAGCUUGCUUUAGUUCCUUUGUAUUGUAAAGGUAUAGUGGUCUUCAGAAUGUGACAGGGGGCUUGCUUGCUUGCUUGCCCUGUCGGAAAACACAGUCUUCUCUUCCGAGACAAAGAUAGAUUGCUUCAUCUGCUGACUUUGUUGUUUUAGCAAGCACCAUGUUGCCUCAGGUUCACUUAGCUGCUUAGGCUGGCUAAGGGCUGGUGUGGUAAGAGGAUACAGUCCCAGUCCACUCCUCGCUCCAUGGAAUUUCCCUUGUUUACCCAACUUACUGAGAUCACUUGCUUGUAAAUUAUGCUGACCCUGGCUGCUGACAUAUCAGAUCUUGUCCCUGAACAGACACCAACAUUAUUGCAGCAUAAACAGGAAGGAAGUGUAUCUUGUUGGUAUUUGCCAUAAAGUCAAAAUUCCUCACAGAAGUGGAAGCGAUGAAUGGUCGUGUUCCUGAACAUGAAUGUCAGGCUAUUGAAUUACAGGGGGGGAGAGAACUUGAGGAGGAAAAUGAGGCGGACCAUAAUAAACCUCUUAAUCCUGAAGCAUCUAUCACAAAUAAGGGGAAAGCCUACUACCGGAGGUCUUGUGGUGACACAAUUUUUUGGAAAUGUAAACUGUGGAUGGUUAUAUCUUCAGUUUUCCUAGGGCUCCUUCUAGUGAUUAUUAUCAGCUUAAUUCUUUAUUCAGAGGUUUACAUCGAUGAAGAUGAAUAUUGGGAUCCCGAAUCAGUAUCAAGUGGAAAUUACCGCAAUUUUUCUGGAACACUACAAGUAAAGUGUGCUGCUCAAUCAAAUUAUUCUGAAGAUCUUACUAGGAGGCUAAUAGAUGUCUACAGUUCAUCUCCAGCCCUGGGGCGCUAUUUUAUCACUGCUCAAGUGGAUUCCUUCAGACAUGAAAAUGCCACUGCAUUCUACCAGCUGGUGUUCUCCUUACCACCAGUGGCUGACGAGUUCAUGAAGUACACGAUGAGUGAAGAGUUUGUGAUGAAUGUCUUGCGACAAAAUAUUUAUGAUCAGGAAGAUACUUAUGCUCAGGAAGCACCUGAAUGUACUAAGAUAAGGCUUGAUCCAGCUUCUCUCACACUAACUUAGUAAUAGCGGAAAGACUCCUAGUUUACCACGGCUACUUGAGGACAUGUGUUUCCUGUAUCUAUUACCAUCCUGAGGAAUGAGAAUUACUUUCAUUAUUUUGAAACGUUUCUGAAGAAUAUGGCUCUAUUGUGAACACUUUACAUAAUGCAAUAAUGUAUGUAGCAAAUGCAAUAUAUUUAUCACAGCUAUUUACACUUUGAAUACAGCAAGCUCCUUCACUGCUGCCUGACACUCACUCCACCCUUCUCCAAUCCACUUGAAGCUUUGUUGCCAAAAAUCAUGUAACUUGAUGUUGAUCACGUUCAUCCACUUUUGCAGCACCUUCACUAGUUUUACAUUGCCUUUUCAAUUGACUCCAGCACUUGUUCUUUCCCUCAAGCUCCUUUGUAACAUUCCACUCUUCCCACCCUACUGCCAGUCACAUUCUCCUCUUUGCACAUGCCAAGUUGUCCAUGCAGUUGCCCCCUGAACUUUGUAUCCCACACUCACCUCCUGGCUUCUCUCAUGCUGACUGCAUCGACCAUACUUCAUCCCUCAACCGGAAAUCCCUCUCCAAACCCAUUUCUUGCAAACUGAACACACUUAAAUACUUCACCGUUUUCCUGAUUUUUUUAACUGACCUUCAAACUUUUGCAUUAGUCUCUUCCAGAGACCUCUGUCAUGUUGCUCUCUUGUUCAUCUUUCCCUUUUCUCUCCCUCCCUCUGGAGAUGUCUGCUCCUGUUUCUUGCCUUAAUUUAGAUUGAUUGUAAGCUCUGAUGGAGCAGUGACUUUAUCUUUAUUGAUACAGUGAAGUGCCAUGUAUAUUUAUGAUGCUUUACUAUUGUCCCAUGGCCUGGCCCUGCAAGCACUUAGACACAAAUAUUUCCAUUCCAUUCAGUGGGAUUAUUGAUAUGAGUAAAGUGAAUUUAGGACUGCUUACCCAGAGGUAUGUAGGAUAAAUGUGCUCCUCAGUGACAUGUUCCAGUAUGCAGUGUUCUAGGAAUUUCUCAUGGGUCAAUAUACCUGUUUACUUGCUAACUUAAUACAAUUAGUCCACAAUAUGUGUGUCAAAUGGCAAGUAUUUGACACAACUAUCAUUUGUUUUUUUAAAAACCCUUCUUUGGGUCCAUAUCCUGAUUGUCUGCAGGGGUCAGGAAAUACUCACCAACACUCCAUAUACAGAUACGAUAUAUGACCGGAGAUGGGGUUUUUCGGCCUUUUGUAUGAUCAAAUACUAGCCACAGUUCUAGGCAAAACACUGGACUAGAUUGGUCAGUGGUAAUAUCAGGCAAAUCCUUUGUUUCUAAGCAUGUCACAUCAGAAAGUCAACAUGUGAUCAUGUAAUGACAGUAAUACUGCAUUUGCACAUGGCAGAAAAAUUAAGGAGAAACUGAACUAUGAAUUUUGUGACUCAUGUGGGCUGAAGAGAGAACUUCAACAUUAUACUAUGGAAGUGCAACUUCCUGCAGUGAAUUCUGAAUUUUGAAGUGAAGGUUUAUACUGAAAUGUGAAUUUUAAUACAUUUUUACUGUAAGAUUUAUCUUAGGAAACUUUAUGGCAUUACAGUAAGAGACAAGUAUAUGAGAAAUCACUUUUUAAAAAAAGUUGUAAUCUAUUUUUAGAAAAUGACAAAACUGUAGCUCAUAUAUUAAAUUAUUUUUUUGAGAUAUUA